AUGCAUCGGGCACUUUUCCUCCCCGAAAUUGUUGCAACAAUUCUGGAGACAGAAAGGUCAAGCCCUGGCUUUCUACAUACUUGUCUCUUUGUCUCCAAAAUCUUCUCAGAAGAAGCAUGUAGAAUUUUGUGGUACUCAUGCGGAGCUUAUUGCUUUGCUGAACAAGGGACGCCCAAUAUUAGACAUCUCGCUCAAAUCGCCAUUCAAAAUACUGAGAGAGCGCAAUACUAUGCCGACUUUAUACACGUGCUUGAAUUUUCAGAAGAAGAAAGUGAAGAAGAAAAUGAAGGAGAGGAGAAUUGGGUUGGUGAUGAGGCGGAUCACGAUGAAGCAAGAUGGCACAAGGAGCUCACUUCUUUGCAAUUCCCUCAGUUGAAAGACUUCAGCCUUCACGAAUCUAGUAACGCGACCGAACUGAAUACGGGAGAGUUCAUCAGCCAUUACGCGCAACCGAACAUAGAGAGCUUCACGGUGUACCAAGGAAGCCGCAUUUCCGAUGCUUUGUUUGACAAACUAACACAAUCUUGCCCAAGACUGAAAUCUCUUCAUCUCAGUAAAAUACGCGCAAGUAAUCUAUCCAAAGAUGGACUCGUUCGAUUUUUGAAUAGGACGGAUGCGCUUACUGCCCUCGUCAUUCAAACUGGGGUCUACGAUAGUUGGUCCUACGAGGCAUUUGAAGCCAUAGCCAAGCUUCCAAAUCUGACAUAUAUUGAGAUUCCUGAUAUUCAGGACAAUUGGGUCAAAUCUGUCUAUCAAGCCAAUACUUCUACUCCUUUGUUCCCAAAAUUGGACGUCCACUUAAGUGCCGGCAUUUCUGAGCGUGAUUUAGAAUGUUUGGCUCACCAUGUCCCAAAGUUGGAGGAUCUAUCUAUCACCUUACAAAAUAUGCCCCCCUCACUUAGCAUCCUCGCAUCUGCAUCAAAUUUCUCACAUCUCACAAAUCUCAAAGUCGAAUUUGGACCACGGAAUCGCAUCAGCGGCAGCGAUCUUCUACUUCUCGCAAGGAACUGUCCUUUACUAUCUUCUCUUUCGCUUGGAGUAGUUGACGAUGACGCGUUUUCUCCACCGGGCCCUGCAUCCCGCCCUUCCACUACCGGUAUCACUGAUGAUGUUAUUGACGAGGUCGCUCAAGCAUUAGGAGACAGUAUCAUCUCUUUGAGGAUCAUUUUUGACCGCUCCGAUUUGCUUACUUGGAGUUCCAUUCUUUCUCUCGCUCAGUACUGUCAGAAUCUAGGGGAUUUGACAAUUUCCUGCAACUUUGAUUGGCAAGAAGCUAUGAGUGGCACGUUCGAACACACUUUUCCCGCUCUUGAAAACCUGGAUCUUGUUUUUGAUAGUAUUUUAAGAGAAUCGCAGGUUGCGAAUUACGACGAAGCAAUGAUCCAAAGUUGUGCUCAGAAUAUGUUUGAAUUGGCGCCAAAAUUAUCGUUGAUCUGGAUUGAUGGUGCAAAUGAAGGUGACGAUUGCUGGAAGUCGACUGUUCAAAAGAUAUACUACGAUAAUUUGAGUUUUCUCGAGGCCGAGGAGGAUUAA